AUGGGAAAGAAGAGAAAGGCACCUCGGUCGGGCGACCAGUCCAAGGGUCCCCGCGAACUCGAUGAUGCCGAUGCGCGCCUGGGACCCAUCACCACCUACGAGGAUGUCGCAAACUCCGAGGACGAGUUCUUCCUGGCGCGCGACGACUUGAUGCUAGAUGAUGAGCCUGGCUCUAAGCGCCGGAGGAGAGCCGACGAUGACAUUGAACUCUCCGAUGAGGAGGUUCUGGGCUACGACGAAUCCGACUCCGAGGAUGAGAAACCCAAGGCCAAGUCCAAGAAAGGCAAGCGUGGAUCAAAGGCAGAUGUGUCCGACGAAGAGGAGGAGGCGGGCGAGGAUGAAGAGGGCGACGAGGGCUGGUGGGGAUCCUCAAGGAAAGAGUACUAUAACGCCGACCAAAUCGAAACCGAGGCCGACGCUCUGGAAGAGGAGGCCGAAGCCAAGCGCCUGCAACAGAAGAAGCUGUCCAAGAUGACGGACGAGGAUUUCAUCUUUGACCAGGACGAGUGGCUGGAGGCAGAACCCGAAAAGGGCGAAGAGGAUGAGGACAAGGUCACCGAGGUUCUCAAGGACAUCGAGGUCACGGACGACAUGAGUGUCGAGGAACGUUACAAACUUCUCAAGGCUCGAUACCCCGAGUUUGAACAUCUGGUAAAAGAAUUGGAAAUACACCACCCUCUGCUGGAGACCCUCAAAGCCGAGACCAAGAACAGCACCGGGAAAUCUCUAAACGAUGUCAAAUACUGGGUCCUCGGCUGCUAUGUUGCCGCCCUAGCAAGCUACUUUGCCGUCAUGACCUCGCCGGCUAGGGACGCAAGCAAAGCACAAAAAUCACUUGACCCUUCGGAACUACGAGAUCACGAGAUCAUGGAGACUCUUCUCAGCUGUCGUGAGGCAUGGCGAAAAGUCAAAGACCUCAAGUUUUCAACCACCGCCCUGGAUACGGAUGCAGACAUUACCAUCCACGAUGCUGAUGAGUUGAACGGGGACCUUCAAUUGAAGAAGUUGAAGAAGGCAAAGAACAAGGAGGAGAAGGCUGCUGCGGCGAAGCGAGCCAAGAAACUGGAGAAGGCCAAGGCUGUGGAGGAAACCGUUGCAGACCUGUACGACUUGCCAAUUGGUACCUCGUCCAAGAAGAAGAGCCAGAAGAAGGUUGCCAAGAAGGCGGCUGCAGCCCAGGACUCAGAUUCAGACUUCGGAGAAGAGACGACACUGGAUGACCGCACCGCCGCUGACAAGGCUGCUCGCAAGAAGUCACUCAAGUUCUACACUUCCCAAAUCGCCCAAAAGGCCAGCCGCCGUGCUGGUGCUGGUCGCGAUGCUGGUGGUGAUAUGGAUAUUCCCUACAGGGAGCGUCUCAAGGAUCGCCAAAUCCGUCUACUCGCCGAGGCAGAGAAGCGAGGCAAAAAGGGAUCCAAGCUUGGCGCCGACCUGGGAGAUGAUAGUGACGAAGAUGAUGGAGCUGCCGCCAAGUCCCUCCGAAACAAUGAGGACGAAUACUACGACAUGGUGGCACACAAGGCCAAGGGCAAGAAGGAGGACAAGCUGGCACGCUAUGCCGCCUAUGCUGCUGCCAGCAAAGCCGACAGAGUCGUAGAGGAUGAACAGAUUGGGGAGGACGGAAAGCGAAAGAUCACCUACAAGAUUGAAAAGAACAAAGGCCUCGCGCCCAGCAGGAAGAAGGAAGUCAGAAACCCAAGAGUCAAGAGGAGGAUGCAGUACGAGGCAAGGCAGAAGAAGCUGCGCAGCAUGAAGCCGACAUGGAAGGGCGGCGAGCCCAAGGGAGGAUACCAAGGAGAGCUCUCUGGUAUCAACACACGGGUGAUCAAGAGUGUCCCGCUAUCGUAA